GAAAGGAAGAAGGAUGUUGCUGCUGGAUUCUAUAGUGGUCGCUCUAGCACAGGAGAAUCGCCUGCAAAACAAUAGAAGAAGCCUUACUGCCGAAGAACUCGAGGAGAGAAAGCUUACCAUCAUGUCCAAUCUUUCGCGAUUCCAGACGAGCUCCAAUCUAGCUCCCAAAUCGUCUAGUCGCGAUCAAAUGGAGAUCGAGGAAUCGUGCAGCAGUGAUCCAGCUAUUGACCACCAAAACUCCUUGUCAAUGCACAGUUCUUCUCCCGAGCAAAGCAGGAGUGACUUCUCACCAGAUAUGUCGCUGGAGACGAUCUUUUCCAAGUUGGUGACCAAGGAACAGGAGAAGAUCCGCAAGAGCGUCUCGCAGCACGCAGGGAAGAAUGCCCGUGCUCCGUUCGAGUGGGACGAAACGUGGCCUGGAAAUUCACUAGCUCGAGGAGAUCAAAGCGAAGAAAAAGAAGAAAAAGGAUUUUACUCUCCACAUCAUACUGCUUCGUCUUCCAUGAAGAACACCAAAAGCUUCUUCCCAGAGUCUGAAAUGUAUCACCACCACCACCACCACCACCAUGAUCAUCAAAGCAGAGAGGACGAGCUCGAGGAAGCUAGCAACUUGUCACCAACAACAGUCUUCCACUACGGGAGAACAGCCGGGAGUUCUUCGUCCGAGUCCACACCCCCAGCUCCAAAGCUCAAAGAUCUCAACUCUAUCCUUCCAUUCCCGGCCUCGUUCCCCUCCGUCACGACCCCGAUGGAAGCUCUCCUCCUCGCAAACGACCGCGGCUUUAGCUUCUCCAUGUCCCAAGCAGUCCCGGACUCGCCAACCGAGGACCAGCUUCACGCCAUCUCUCCGCUAAGCUUCGACACCGGAAGUCCCUGCGAGCAUAUCCUUCCCGGCCGCCUCGACUUCUACACGUACUACCGCCAGCAGCAGCAGCAGCAGGAGGCCAAGAAGCUCCGAGCAAAGUCGGGUCCCCAGAAGCUUGGUUCUUCCUCGUCACUCUGGGGGCUCACCAAGAGCAUCAGCUUCUCGGGAGGACCUCGGCACAGCAGCAGCGAUAUCUUCCUCCUGCCGAGAAGAUCAAACACCAGCCAGGCUCCUCACAUUAGAAGCAAUUCUUCCACUGUUUUGAGCAACAGCACUGCUCACCACAACGUGAACCCGACCAGCUCGGAAUCCAAGGAGAGCUCCAGCCGGAGUAGCAGCAAGAACAGCAACACCACCGUCACCAGCAGCGAGUUUAGCAUCGAGCUGGCCGGGUCGAGGCCGAGCGGGGUCGACGCCAGCGCCUUGAACAGCUCCAGGUACCUCGACUUGGACUUCACCAAGAACCCUGUCGACGUUGAGCAGCAAAGCCAGGAAUUCUUUGCCGCCACCUACAAGGACAAGCACAGUGUGUUAUACGAUGUCAAGUCGGAGAUCCGGAGCAGAGUGGAGGAAGUCGUCCGCAACACGGACGAGUCGAAGUUCACAUUCUCACCUGUGAAUUCAUCCUUCCUGUUUCCAAAGUCAACAUCGCGGGACACCAGCACCACCACCGGCCUCUACUCCGGCAACUUCAACUUGGAUGGUCUCAUCGACUUCCACCCCGGCGAGGAGAAGAGCUCGAGCGUCGAGGACACGGCCAGGACGCGCAGCGUCAUCGAGAGGAUGUAUGGAACCGGGAGCCCCCGAGCUGGAGAGACGAGUAGCGAAUCCAAAUGGUCCGAUUCGUUCCUCUGGAUUUGCUGCUGCACAAGGAGAAAGUCAACAAGUUGAGGAAAACCUCCACGAUCGAAGUUCUCACAAGUUUCAUUCGUGCUGCCCUUCACCCUCUGUCAUAGCAAUGGAACUCAGCCUUCCUGUUUGCCA